AUGUCUUCUAAUAAAGCUGUUGGUGGACACCAAAGUAACGGAAACCAAGCUAGAACUGGUGAUCAUCAAUUGUUAAAGCCUAAUGGUCAUUCAACAACAACUGGAAAAACCUCUCAACAAAAUCAAGGCACUGUAUCAUUUGGAGUUGCGAAAGUUGUUCCGUCUACGACUCAACACAGGCAAGUUGUCGGUAGUCAGUUUUCAAACCAGCUACGGAAUUCCCCGCAAUCAGCAGCCGUACCAAGAACCAAUCAAAAGACCAUUCACCAGUCCAGUCAGAACAACAAUGUUGCUUCAGUUCCUGUAGACCAGACAGCUGGAUCUAGUCAGCAUCCAUCAUUUGAUCCGAGUCAAGCAAGCAGUUUUGCCAGUCCUAAUUCGAAAAUUCUCUUGUCUGGAAGUUCAGUGCAAAAUGUGAACCACUGGUCAGGAUCACCUCAAGGCAAUAUUUUGGGUUCCCAAGACUUGAUAAAUAUACAUCAAAAUAGCCCAAUAGGGUGGGUUUCCCCAAUUGUAUCAAAUAGAAAUAGUAAUCGACCAAAACACCAAUCGAAUGCGAUCGGACAGCAACAGAUAACACAACAUGGCAUGGCAUCUGUUCAUUCGUCAGGAGCUUCCACGGAACAGAUCACCAAUGCCGCACAGCCGAAUAACCAUUUAUCAAGCGGCAAAUCAGCCAUGUCGUCGCUGGUCUCUAGCAAUGCAAUAGGGACAAAUAACCCUGCACAGACGCAUAUAAUUCAGACUUCGCAAAGUGGACAGAGCAAAGCUGGUCCAGGUAGCCAGGCGUCUACAUCUCCAGGUCAACAUCCAACGACGUCGCAGAAUCAUCACCUUCAACAAGCUAGGAGUCAUACGUUAGCUUUGAAUCAACACCGCAGUCAAGUAUCUGCUAGUCAGGCAGGCAUUAUUCCGCCUGUACCGAAAACUCUCAUUGCAGCUGAUCGACCUGGUACAGUGCAUCAAACCAGUAACACCAUCCCACUUAGCGCUUCAACAUCUACACAGCCCGGCAGGGUUACUGCACAGACUAGUGGCGUAGUAAAAUCAGUUACCACUGGUACAAGCAACACAGCUGUGCAUAGUCGUUCAGCAAGUGAAGUGUCUCGUGGUAUACAAAAAUCAGGCCGCAAGCUUCAACAGCAAGGCAUUUCCUCGCCUUCAACAGCAUCUCAUCAUAAUCAACGAAACAAUCCUCGUCGGGUAACUCAAACGAGAACAAUUCAACAUGGUCCACAUCACAAAAUGCAUUCUAUUCAAACGGGUACGUCACCUCAGCGCCAACGAAACAAUCCUGUAUCUUCUACUAAUUUGGGGACGUUUCAGCAAGGUCACCAUUCCAACCAUGUAACGUCUACCAAAACGGGGAAAUCUCAAAAUAGUCAACAGGACAGCCCUGUCGCUUCUACUCAAACGGGAACGCCUCAAAAUGGUCCACAUAAUAGCGCUGCAACUUCUACAAAAAUUGGGGCAUCUCAAAAUGGACCACAAAACAACCGUGUAAUUUCUACUCAAACUGUGACGUCUCAAAAUAGUCCAAAGAACAACCCCGUCGUUUCUGCUCAAUUGGGGAUACAUAAGCAGGGUCAACAGUCAACGGGAACUUCAUCGAAUGGUCUACACAACAGUCAUGUAGCUUCACCUCCUCAAAUUACAACAUCUCAAAAUAAUCAACAGAACGGUCCUGUGGCUUCUACUCUAAUACUCCAUAUAGCGACUUCCAAAACGCAGACAUCUCAAAAUGAUCCUCAGAACAUUCGUAAGACUUCUACUCAAAUGGGGACAUCCCAGAAUAGUCAACGGAACAGACACGUAGCUUCUUCCCAGACGCAGACGUCUCCAAAUGGCCAUCAUACUAGCCAUAUAGCUUCUACUUCAAUAGGGACGUCUCAACAUGGUAAACCGAACAGCCCUGCAUUUUCUAAUCAAAUUGGGACGUCCAACCAGGGUCAACGGUCUACUCAUAUAGCUUCUACGCAAAUUGGAAAAUCGCAAAAUGGUCCUCAGAACAGCCCUGUAGCUUCUAAUCAAAUCGGGACACCACAGAGUGGUCAAAUUAACAGACCUGUGGUUUCUACUCAAACUGUGUCAUCUAGUCAUGGUCAGCAAAACAGCCAUGUAACUUCUGCUCAAACUCGACCGUCUCACCCUGGUCAUCAGAACAUUCAUUCAGCGUCAGCUAACACGGGAACUGUACCCAACAUAAAUACCAGAAAUACUCCCGUUGUUAACAACAACCAUGGUUCGUCUCAACAAGGGUCUUCUCCUCCAGCUGGACAUGUUGGAACUCAGCAAAAUAGUAUUCCUACAAACAACCAGCAAACGGAAAGGAGAGGGACAAGUGUGUCGGGAUUUAAUCAGCUUUCACCAAUAUCACACCACCAAGACGUCACAUCUACUAGUUUUGCGUUUUUGCCACCUGGUACUGCAAGCGGUCAGAUCACUUCUGGUUCUGCGAGUAGACCAACUACUCAGAAGUAUGUUUCGACAAUGAAAGCUUCGACUACAGCCAAUCAAGCACCAAAUAGUUUUUCACAAAGAAGUUCAAAAGAACAAGGACCUAUCAAUCAAACAACACCCACUACUUCAUUACUUUUUAACCACCCGGUUAAUACUAAUGCAGAAGUGACUAGAGCUACAACGGAAACUAUUCCAGGAGUGUUAAACACCAUAGCUAGCAAAAUUUCGGUAGCUUCAGUUUUAACAAAAUCUCCGGCAAGAAAAACUAAAGUAGCGGCCACAGCUCAAGCAACUGCAAAACCAGCAGUUGAUACAGCAGCAGGAAUUACUAAUCCAGUGAUAUCCUCAGCUUCGGCAAGUCAAAAUCCGGCAGUGACAACGGCACCGUCUGGUACGAAUCAAACAGUAGCCUCAUCCCCGUCAAAGACAAUUUCGUUAGUGGUUAAAGCCUCUGCAAGUACAAACCGAACAUUUGCUACAACUGCAGUAAAAUCUUCUCCAGCUGUGCCCUCAGUGCCGUCAAGUACAAAUCAAUCGGUGGCUUCGACUAACAUACGUACACAUCGCGUAGUGUUACCAGCUCCGGGUAAUACAAAUCCACAAGUGGAAUCGGCUUCGGCAAGUUCAGCAAGUACUAAUGCGAUAUCAUUUAAUGCUCCAGCAAUGGCUAAGAACCCAGCAAGUGCAAAUCCAGCAGUGGGAAAGGCCCCUUCAAGUAUACAUCAAGAAAUGCCUGCAGUAUCUUCCGUACAGGCAAGUCCAAACCCACAACCAGCUUCAGCUACGGCUACAAAACCAGUGCCGGUUAUGGCCCCAACAAGUAGUAAACCUACUAUGUCUAUGGUGCCGCUAGGUAAAAAUCCAGCGUUGGCACCGGGUCUGGGAAGAAAGAUUCAAGCAGUAGGCAAACUCCUGGCAAGUGCAAAUCAGAGAGUACGCUCAGCUUUGGCAGGCGUAACGGCUUCGGCAAGCUCUAACCCUGCUGUGUCUUCAACACAGACAAAAACAAAUCCAGUAGCAGCUUCAGGUUUCACAGGCACAAGUCGACCAGAUGCUAUGACUAAGGCAAAUUCAAACCUUUUGGUGACUUCAGCAUCGGCAAGUACAAUUCCAGCAGUACCAUCACCCCCACCAAAUUCAGCAGUGCACAACUGCAGAAGUGGCGAAAUCUCCAGCAAGUACUAUUCCAGCAGUUGCAAACGCUGCAUCAAGCAAUAUAUCAGCGGUGACUAA